GAGUGAUUACAAAAAUCUUUUAAGCUUUAGUGUAAGUUAAGGUGACACAUAUGGUCAAUUUAUGGUCAAAACAUCAUGAUCCAACUAACAAGAAUAAAUUAAAGGAUGAAGCUCAGAUUUCGGUGAAGACUAAAGGGAGCAAUGAACUGGACAAAUUUCGAAGCCGUCGUCGUGAAUUAGAAGAAAUUAUAUUAAAGUUAACAGUUCUUGAGAAGGAAUGCAUUGAUGUCAAAAUUCAAGAUAAGAAAGAAGAACUGCAGGACAAUUUUAUAGUCUUGAAGCAAACUUUAUAUAAAGAACUGAAUAAAAUAGCGAGUUUAAUUCAUUUGCGAAAUGAAGAAAGAAGACAAAAUGGUAAUUCCGUGACUGUGAUACAACAAGGAAUUCAGUUAAACCACAAAUUCAGUGAAAUCGAUUCUAUGCUCUCUUUAUUAAAAGCGUCGUUUAAAUCUCAAACAAAAAAAAAAAAAGUUUCAAAUGAUAAACUUGAUGAGCGAUUUAAUGAUUUACAACACAUUAAUCAAAACAUUGAGCAAUUAAGAAAUUUAUUUCAAUCGGAGACAGAUGUGUCUCAAUCAACUAUGAAAACCUUAACCGAUAUCGUAAAUAAUUUUAAUAAAGACAAUAGUGGAACUCCAGUGGUAACUAAUACUGCUUGGAGAGAACGCUCACAAAAAGAACAGGAAGUUCUUGAUCGUUGGGCACAAAAAGAUGCGGACAUUGAUCGACAAGUUGCUGAGAUUGGCUCAGUUGUCGAUAAUUUAAUGCAGAAUGCACUUGAAAUUCAAGAGAAAGCUGAGGCGCAAGCCACUGUUCUGGCGGAGCUAAAUAAUCGCGCCGAUGAAGUGGGUAACAAUCUUCGUAGUGUGAACGACUCCAUCAAUACCAUCAUGGUCAGCCAUCUUUACACACUCCAUUUCAAUUUGGAUUUUUUGUAUGAAUGUCAUGCUACUCAGAAAAAUCAAUCAGGAUUAAACAUAGCAUUUAAAUUGCUUCUUGUUUUUAUACUAGUUUUAUUAUUAUCCUAUAUAAUACCUACUCUUCGGUCACGUAUUAUUGGUUAAUUUUUUUAAUUAACUAAAAU